GCACACUUGGACAUACCUCUUAUCAGGUCAAGUUGUUUUUUUAUAGUUACAAAACGUGAAUUAAUUCUUUCUUCAAUCAUUCGUAAAUUGCAUGCAACAUCACACUCAUCAACAGUAAUCAAUCUGAUAUUAAACAUACGAUUUCAAAGCCAUUAAGAGUUUGAACGUUCAUCGGAACAUCUUAAAAUUAAUCAAGACAUUCAUACGUAUUGUGUCUACAUUCAAAAAAAAAAACAAUUUUAUUAUUUAUUUUUUAUUAUCUGACACGUCUGUGAUUUAUUUACCAAAUUCAUCAUAAUGGCUAUGGAACCAGGACAACUCAGCAAAGAUCAAAAAAAACAAUUAAAAACUGCUUUUGAUGCUUUUGACAAGGAUAAAACUAAUAUGAUAAAGACAGAUGAUAUUCACACAAUUUUAACGAUGAUGGGAAUUGAAUUUGAACAAGGAUCGAGGGAACUUCGUGAUGCAAUUGUUCAAGUCGACAUGUUUGAUAGUGGUGAAGUUAAUUACGAAGAUUUUUGCUCAGUAGCUGCUAAAUUUUUAGAAGAAGAUGUUGAUAUUGAAGCUUUAAAAGUUGAACUUAAAGAAGCAUUUCGACUUUAUGAUAGAGAAGGAAAUGGCUAUAUAACAACUGAUUGUUUUCGUGAAAUAUUAUCGGAAAUCGAUGAGAAUUUAACUGACGAAGAACUUGACAUGAUUAUUGAAGAUAUUGAUGCUGAUGGUUCUGGUACACUUGAUUUUGAAGAAUUCGUUGAAGCAAUGACCCACUAAUCAAUCGACUGAAUCUUCAAAAUGGAAAAAAAAAAAAAAUUAACAAAAAAAAAUAUUAUGUAAAUAAAAAAUAUGAAAACUUUUAAUAAUAAAAAAAAAAACGAAAAUUAAAAAAUGAUUAAUAGUUUAUUUGAGUUUGUUUAAUAAUUAUUGAUUUAUUUUAAUUUAAUAUUUUUUUAAUCAUGUGAAUUUGAUUUAGCUGUAAUGAGAAUUGUAAUCAUCUGUUGAAAUGAAUUUAAAUUUUUUCA